AACGCGUUUGGUGAUAAACCCUAAUUCCAUUCACUGUGAAGGGAUGUUCUUCCAUAUCCGCCUCGAGCGCAAUCUCCAGCUCCAUCCGCGAUUCUUUGGGCCGCAGCUCAGAGACAAGCUCGUCGAGAAGCUCAUCCACGACGUCGAGGGCACUUGCAGUGGAAGACAUGGCUUUGUUGUUGCCGUGACCGGAGUGGACACGAUUGGCAAGGGACUCAUUCGCGACGGGACUGGCUACGUAACUUUUCCCAUACACUACCAGUGCGUAGUCUUCCGCCCUUUCAAAGGCGAGAUUCUUGAAGGGGUCGUGACGCUGGUCAAUAAGAUGGGAUUCUUCGCAGAAGCCGGACCAGUCCAGAUUUUCGUCUCAAACCACGUAAGUUUGCUCAAGUUUGUUUGUUCUUCCUCGUUUUCUCUUAAUAACUUGGAAAGCCUGCAGCUUAUUCCAGAUGACAUGUCCUUUCAGUCCGGCGAUGUACCCUGCUACGAAACAUCUGAUAGCUCGGUCCGAAUACAAAAGGACAGCGAGGUGCGCCUUAAAAUCGUUGGAACUCGUGUAGACGCCACUGAAAUUUUCUGCAUCGGGACGAUCAAGGACGAUUUCCUGGGCCUUAUCGGCGAUCCAACAGCAGGAGCUUAAGACUCUGGUCAGUGGACCACCUUUGUAGAGCUCAAGGCCUUUUGCUUUUGUUUGAUGGAAUGCUAACAUUAUAUUACAAUAUAGCCGCGCUUCCAGACCCUUUCUAUCAACAAAGAGAGAGCUUUCCGGGAGGAGGAGCUAGGUAGGCUGCUGCAAAACUCGCUCCCGACGUUGCUUUCUUUUUACAAAACUGAGAAGAGCUGCACUGCCGGAUCAUCUCACUUGUUUCCACUGUCGAGCGGCACCGUCAAGUUCAUCAGGUACUUGAGCUCGUCGUAGAGCACCAGGAUGAGCGCAGCGCCGGUUCCUCGCAACAUGUUUGACACGGCUCCACGAUAGAAGGACGAGACCCCUUCCAUCCGGCCGGCUUGCAUCAUCAUCCUGUGCCGGACGGUGUCGAGCGGAUACGAGAUCAAGCCGGCGGAGGUGGUGGCCGCCUGAGCCAUGAGCCAGCGUUUCCAGAAAGGGAGGUGCUCGGAGUCUCGCGAGAGCAAGUCCUUGGCCGUGUCGAAACCUCCAAAGUAGACGCUCCUGUGCACGACCAUUCCCUGGAUGGACGCUGGGAGUCCCCGGUAGAGUCCGCGAGUGCCAUCCUUGCGGUAGAUGGUCCUGAUGAAGUGGAGGAGUCCCUUGAACUGCCUGGCGUCGCGGUUCCCGAUAUCGGCCGCUAAGCGCGUGUGGGCGAUGUCCAGGGGAUAGACGAAGACGAGGCUGGUGCACCCGGCGGCGGCCCCGGCCACGAAGUUGAAGGGUGCUCUUGACAGUGCGUCGUUCUUGUCCGAGAUGAGUAGCGAUCGGUACAAGUCCUGCAAAGAAGAAAGUCCGAGUCAAAAGCAAAGCUUGUAAAAAGAGAAAAAGAAUGUAAGCUCAUGACAAAGAUUCUAAUAAUGAAAGUAAAGGUUUCAUAA